AUGGCAGAUACUACUGUGAUAAUCAUCGGGGCAGGUCCUUCCGGCCUUGCUACCGCCGCUUCUCUAACCCUUUCAUCAAUCUCAUACAUUAUCAUCGAAAGAGAAGAUUGUUCCGUCCCCCUUUGGCGAAAACACUCCUAUGACCGCCUCCACCUUCACGUCCCCAAUCGUUUUUGCCACCUUCCAGCCAUGCCCUUCCCUUCCUCCACCCCAAACUACCUUCCUAAGGUCAACUUCCUCGACUAUUUGGACCGGUACGCCGAGAAUUUCAGAAUCCGACCGCUGUAUCGCCGAAAUGUGGAGGCGGCACAAUUCGAUCACCCAGAGGGGAAGUGGAAGGUUAGAGCUAGGAAUUUGGACAAGGGUGAAAUGGAGGAGUUUAGGAGUAGAUUUUUAGUGGUGGCGACGGGUGAGACGGCGGAGGCUUACACACCGGCAGUCCCGGGGAUGGAGGAAUUUGGCGGGGAUUUGAUGCAUUCAACGAAGUUUAAAUCGGGAAAAGGGUUUGAAGGGAAGAAUGUGUUGGUUGUUGGGGCAGGAAAUUCAGGGAUGGAAAUUGCUUUGGAUCUUUGUCUUCAUGCUGCUAAUACUUCCCUUGUUGUUCGGAGCCCGGUGCAUUUUAUGUCAAGAAGAAUGAUCGGGUUGGGAUUGGAUAUGUUAAAGUAUAAUUUGCCAAUUUGGUUUGUGGAUUCAUUGAUGGUGAUGCUAAGCAAACUAAUAUAUGGAAACCUCACCAAUUAUGGAAUCAAAAGACCUGUUGAAGGCCCAUUUUCUAUGAAAGCCAAGUAUGGAAAGUAUCCUAUAAUUGACGUAGGAACCCUUGAGCAAAUUAAAUGUGGGCAAAUUCAGGUAUUGGCUACAGAAAUAGCAAGCAUAAAAGGGAAGAAUAAUGUAGUGUUCAAAAAUGGAAAAUGCUAUCAAUUUGACUCCAUCAUAUUUUGCACUGGCUUCAAAAGGUCAACAAAUCUCUGGCUCAAGGGAGAUGAGUAUCUUUUGAAUGAUGAUGGACUACCAAAACCAAGUUACCCUAAUCACUGGAAAGGAAAGAAUGGGUUAUAUUGUGUAGGACUAUCAAGAAGAGGCCUAUAUGGAGCUAAUUUAGAUGCUCAAAAUGUUGCUAAAGAUAUAUCAACUCAAAUCUACAAGUUUGGAUCAUAGAAAGAAGGAAAAGAUAACUAUGGGAUGUUAUCGAUAUGGUCGACUCCAAAGUGCAGUCCAAGUUGAUUUUAAUGGCUUUACAACUGAGGUCUCAAAUGUCUAAGAUGUCAAUAUUUGUAGUUAAAGCUAGUUACUUGAAGAUAAGUUUUUUUUUUCUUUGAAUAUUAU